AUGCAGGGCAAGGAAAACAGUCGUCCUUCCUCAGCGUGCUCGCGAGGCGGCACCCUGACAGCAUACUUGAAGCUAAAGGAUCUCAAUAGCACAAAAAUGUGAGCCGUGGAAAGGGUAAACCAGGCUCUGAAUAGGGAUGGCUGAUUUGCCUAUUCAAAACGUCAGGCAACUAACACAGUGACCCCUCUCCACCAUCCCAGAAGGCGCCUACUCCUCCGCCGUUUCUGCCUUUGGGUCAAAUUUUCUCCACUUUCAAUCACAUAAUCUUUCUAGCACUCCCAGCGGCCGUCAUAGGCGACAUAUCCAGGGCUCGUCAAAAACGCUCACACACCUCAGAAACCGAUAAAGUUGCAGUGAGGCCUGACAUUGCGAAGGAAGUAUUAUGUAGGAUGGUUAUUUGCAGGUCUCUGUAAACCAAACGUUCGAGGCAACCUAACAAGGAAUUUGAAGCUAUACAAAGCUGUACUCCACGAUGACUGCAGUGUCACGGGAUAAGCUGUUUGAAAUUCGGACCAGUCCGAAAACACUGUGACCACGCGAAGUAUAAACAUCGAAUAUUGUUUAAACUUCGACAAAAAACAUGCCCUGUAUCUCAGUCCUUAACUAUCCGUCUAGUUACACAUGUCAGACAGGACCUGAUACCACAUUAGCGAAAAAGUGGCCGCAAGAUGGCCGUGGAUAGAGGGAACGAAAUGUUUUAUACUGUCUCACACAUCUUCGAAAGGCGCGUUCGGACAACCAGUGAGAUAAAUGAAGUAUGGGACUCCGACAAGCAAACAACCCAGUCUCUAGAUGCAGUGAUUGCCAAAUUAACUCUGUUUUGUACACUUUUAUGGCGGAUUUACUCCUUAGUUAGUGGACGUCGGGGAGUAUUGAUUAAGCAGGAAAUGUCUCAAUUUCCCCAACGUUGCCACCUAGCAAACCUAAGGCCUGUUUAAUGGAGUAACAAUCCGGAAAUCGAUCUGGUCAAAGUAGUAAAUGAGUGAAAUUUCAUGCCUUAAGUACUUCGAUCGGGGUAUUGCUAUGCAAUGGCGACACAUUUUGUUUUUUUUUUCCAGUAAUAUUUGAUGCUAACUACCAUAAACAGGCCCAAGACUACUUCCCUUAAUCCACGUCGUUUCUUGCAAGUUGGGUAGUCUUCCAUUCUUCUGUACUACUACGUAGACCAUUUCUGCAACACAUAACCUUAAUACCGUCACGCUUUCUUGCUUGCAAAUGCAAUUAAUCCACCCACAUUGUGCAGCCGUAUUCUGUAUGACGUGAAGUCGAUCAUGACAUAUCUCCCUUCCACCCUUCGUUUUCCUCGUUAGAAGCAGGUAAUGGAAUUUUCUGCGUUGCAUAACCUAGGCAUGGUUCGCGUUUGAUUCAUGCUGUGUGGGGAUACUCACUAAGUCACACGCACGAUCAGUCUGUGGAGCGCAUUUCCUGGAAAUGUGCAAAGUGGCAGACAGUUAGUUACCUUGAUUUUUACAUGACCCCUUACCCGAUGUACGAUAGUGAGGAGAAGUAUUUAUUUUUGGUGAGAAAUGUACGCUUUUAGCGUAUUGGAAGAAAUAAAGACCAAAGUAGUGAACAAUCCAGUUGGUCAUUGAUAAGAAGUUUGCAAAAUGAUGCACGACAAAACGAUGCGCCAAUGAUAAGUCAGAGCCAAUCCUCCAAGCUUACAAUACUAGGCCUAAACACCUGCCGUCUGUGCAAACACUAAAGCAAAAAGUGGUCCGAUGUGGUUAUGUAGCCAUUCCUAGUCUGCCGGUAGGCAAGAGCACUGAACUCGUAGAAAUGGUGGCGAAACGCGUACCCAAACCACGUCAGUCGUCUUGUUUGGAUGAGCUUUAAUGUUCCCGGAAGGUCAUUGCAGUCAGUACUGAGUGUCUCAUUUCAGGCGAAGUCCACGUAUUUCAGUCAAGGAAACCUCUAAAGGUAAAGGUGGCUUAAGUCUUGCCGUUUUUAUUCGUCUUCUACAGACAUAGGUCAAUGUUCAUAUCCAUGUAGAAGAAAUGACCGGACAGAUGCACAGCGCGGGUGGGUAGUGAACGAUUAAGAUAUCUCAACUAUCCUCGAUCACACUUGGGGACAUUUUUUGUAAACGCCAUCAAUGCUGGCGCCACCGUCUUCCUCAGACAACGCCUUAGACGAUGCCGCAGCCCCAGAUUUUAAACUGUUAAAUUCUCCAGGCUGACACCUAUCAAUGGUGCAGGUACCUUCUUUAGCACAGUCGGUGUCAGAGAAUACCGUGGUUUAUUCAGAUCUGAUAAAAAACCAACUGAGCAGUGGUCUUGCCACUCUGAAGCGCUCUCUUCUGCAGCCUCCCUGCUCCUGUAGGUACCCCAUGGAUUAUUUGUUCCUCCUUGCUAUGCCACGACGUUUUGUGAACCAGGUAAACGGCUUGACCAGAAAAACGCACACACCAUAGCUCGGCUGUCGUUGCCGAAGAUGUCCACUGUGUGCUCCACAGCAAGGUGAAACAGCGGCGGUGACUUGCGCGUGAAUUAUUUUAUAGCGAUAGUCGAUUUGCUCUUUAUCAAUCUCACUCUCUCAUUCUCCCUCACCUGGACCUGAUGUCAAGACAUGGUAAAAAAUACGGGAGGCUAGGGAGGGCGCAGGUGGAUGGCACGGUCGAGCCCGCGUCUUGGCGUUCCAAUCUACUUCCCUAGUCCACACAGAAAAUGACCAGUAUUUUAAGUAACAAAAAGAAAUGGGCUAACGCGGCAGGGGACGCACCUAGGCGUGCCGUCCCACCUGUUUCGGAAUACGCGGGGUGGAAGUGACAUAAGGCCACAUUAAGAAUGAGCCUUUGCAGCCUGACUCUCACACCACAAGUCGGUCGCUCCACACAAACACACAACACUGGACCAUCUGCGAGGUCCAAGUUAUGCCGACAGGCGGCCAAAUUCCAAGCCAAAGCUUUUAGGGCACCGUGAUAGCUUCAAACGCCCCAAGUUAUUUAUAGUGAGGAAAAUGCGCUGGGUCGACACCCUCACUCUGACUUCCGAUUCCCGGACCCCAGUCACUGGCCGGGCCGGUUAGCUGACAGGUGCGGGGAAUGGGCGCGGAAGUUGACAUAAAUACUGAACUUGACUGCGCGCGCCAAACGCACGACCCAGCUCCGUUCAGAAUGGGCCGUGGCAGAAUGGCUCUCAGCCCAUCAGUCCGUUACUAGACAGAUACACAAAUAAAACUGGGCAGACUGCGUGAACUCAGUUGAGGCGUCAGUCAGCAGCCUUCCAAGCCACGGCGCUUGACGUACCGUGAUAGUCUCGAACUCGAAUCACACGUGCAGCAAAGAUGCCGCAGGGAGAUGGGGCCGAGACGCACACUUUCCACUUGCGGGGGAGGUGGCAGUUGGAUGCUUGUGGAGAGUGAUGGUGUUGUUUGAUAUGAGUGGGGGAAGGUGUGAUGGUGUCGUGUAGCCGGCGGUUGUCUACUACAGGUUUUCUUGGAUGCGCACGUGGCCCAAUAGGCCCAUGAGAUGGCUCGAUGUGCGGGUGCAGUGAGGGCAGUUGAGAUGGGUGCGGUGAGUGCAUGUUGGUGCUCCGGGCACUGGUUCGCCAGUCUCUAUGCGAUGGAUUCACAAGUGACCGACCAGGCCGAUGUGUGGGUGAAGGUGCGAUCGCAAUAAAGAGGGUUAUGAAACAAGUCCACAUCGCUCGUGGUGGUGGUGGUGGUGAGGUUAAUGUUUGCCAGUGUUUCAGGAUUGGGCGCAGUGGUGGUGGGUGUAGGGGCCGUCGCAGCGCAUGUUGAAGCGAUGAAUGAGGAUGGCAGUAGGGGUUUAGGAGUGCGGAAACUGUUGAUUGUCGACGUGGGAAGCGAGGCAGAUGUGGACGGGGGGAGAUCGGGUGGUGUCAUUCAUCCGAAGAUGUCCAAGAAGACCGAUCGAUGACCAGAACGUCCGCUGAUAUCGUGAGCAGGUCAAGGGCAGUUAAGCGUUAGCGUUGCGAGGCGAGGGCAGUUGCGAUUUACGAGCUUCGCUUUUGGCUUUGGCGACGGUGAUGUGGUUGGCUUCGUAGAUCGCUGCGCCUGUCCUCACUGCUCUCCGCCGGGUUAGUCGAUUCCAGGACGAGGAGUUCCCAGUUGGCCGGGUUGAUUUGCCGGCGCCUCAGGGGAGUCUUUAGGAUAUACUUGUAGCGCCGGACUGGCCUCCUUGUUGGUGGGAGCCCGUGGCCACAUCUCCAUAGAAGAGUCGUUUGCGUAACCGUUCGUCGGCCAUGCUCACAAGAUGGCCGCUCCAGCGCAGUUCCAGAUGUCUCAGCAUGGCGUAUGUAAUAAGGAUUCCCGUCCGUUCCGGUACAGCCGUGUGCGGGAUCCGGUCCGGGGAAGUGGGAGGGAAAAAGUAUUGUUUCCUGUUUGAUUGUUUCGACCGUCUGUUUAGCGUCUGCGAACCACGGUCGGCGCGCUGAGGACUUGAUCCAAGCAUCUGUUUAGGACCCAUUUUGUAGCCCCUCCCCCCUCGCGCGGGUAAGCAAUGAUCUCCCUAAGUUGGGCUGUUCGGUCAUCCCAGACGGCUGCCGAACUUCACAAUUGGCCACGAAUUUUAUGUUUAGUGGCAGAAAGACCCGAGUUGGCCUGGGCCACCUACGUGAUCACUGUCGCUAUCGCCGUGGGUCUUUUGAGCGGGGGGAAGGUAGGGAGACGGGAAGCAGAGUUUCCCCUCCCUCUCUAAGUUACCUGAUUGCUGAUAUAUAAACGGUAAGCAAACACAUUCCACAGAACGAUAUUUAGCUUGCAACAAGGACAAACAAGGUGAAAGGGUGAACGUCAGAUUCUGGCUUGGCAGAAGGCACAUAACAUGCUUUAGCCUCCACCUCAGUGAGACGGCUUUGGCGAGGCCGUAAACACCCUGCCGUCACCUGAGCCAUCGAGGUGUAGGCGUUCAUCCCAGGAAGGAUAGAAUUCACUCAGUCGACUGCGGCCUUAGUUACCCACCCAGUCCUUCCAAAGAUAGAAAACGUGGCCCGACUGCAGACAAAGCGCGGCAUGUUAAAAAGGCUCUGGCAAACGAACUGCGUGCACGCACCAAAACUUAAUGUACAUGGGCGCUUUGGUCAUCUUGACAAAGGCCUGUCCGUUAAUCAGGCUGCUAGCCCUGCACUGUUUCAGCGUGGAUCGGUGGAGGGUGGGAGAGGCCGUGCACUUCGCUGUCUGCUCCUGGCGUGGAGAUGCGUUCGCUGGCCUACCGGAACGGGGACAGACAAAAGCACACACGUGACAGCGGAGUUAAGUGUAGUGAACCGUGGACCAGAAACAACACAAUUAUUGGGGUUUAGUUGAUCAUAAGUGAAACGUUCGUCUGUAGGUCAUCCGGACGGUGGAAGUAAAAUGCAAAAAAUGCGAUGUGUUGCGGAAUCAACAAUUCGCCCACUUUUAUAGGCAUCAUGCUACCUGUGUGGUCAGUCUAAGGUCACCCCUAGCCAAAUUAGGUGAAGGCCUCGUUGAGGUAGCCGGGCAGGACAUGGGUAUAACAUGGAGUGAUUCCUUUCUUUUUAAAUUACACACGUUUGCUUACUUCAAGACUGUUUACUUGAGUAGCAAUUUGUUGUUGUCGUUGUUGUUGCUGUAACAGUUGGCUAUAGGACGGCUCGAAAACAGGAAUAAAAUAGUUAACCUUGAUGACAGUUUCACUCGAAACGUUUUCAUAGAGAAAAAGGUCCCAGUUAUUUUGCUGCUCUAAUAUCAAGCCAGGCCAGUGCCAUCAGAUAAUUUUCCCUUCGAUUCGGACAAAGCGCCAUGGUUUGCGAGUAUUCGAAAAACCACGUCUAGUAACCUUUGCUUUCACAUAGGGUAUAGCUUCUUUGUUGGGGAGGGCCACAUAAAUUACCCUUCCUAAUAGGAACCACGACAAGAAAUCGUUCGUCAGUCAAGCAAUGAGGUAUGCCUAGAGAGGGAGAUUUGGCCGGAGGGCACUACUGGAUAUGCCAUGUUCUACGGCGAGCCACCAAACGUUCUUUUUAGGUUGCUCCCUACUUUUUCCAAAUCACGAUUAGCACGCAAAUAGUGAGGUGAAAUAAAUAAUUUGCCGUGCCACAGUAAUUCGUGAACGGUGCACGUUUUCAAGCAUUUUUGAGAAACAUUCGGUAAUAACUUACGAUCGAUUAGAUUCCUCCCAAAAGUCUGGAAACGACCUCACAGAGCGCCAUAGGUCACGCGGUAAGUUAUACGCAGUACGUAGGCGGCGUCUACAGCCUCGCACGGGAUAUCUAGCAACGAGCAAGCCGAACGGCUGACCAACAUAGUCACCGCCGCCACCACCGCCGCCGCUGAGAACAACGCCUCCGUGGAGAACCGAUUAUGUCAGCUGAGGGACACGAUCCAGUCAGCCGACCCGACUUUCCUCGGUCACGCUCGUCGCCCGCACCAGGACUGGUUCGUUGACAACGACGCCGCCAUCAGCAACCUGCUAACCGAGAAGAACCUCCUGCACAAAGCCUACGUGGACCGCCCCACCGACGACAACAAAGCAGCCUUCUACCGUAGCGGCCGCCCUGUGAAACAGCGGCUGCGGGAGAUGCAGGACGCUCGGACCGCUCACAAGGCCGAGGAGAUCCAAGGUUACGCAGAUGUCACCGAAUGGGAGAAUUUCUUCUCCGCGAUCAAUGCUGUCUACGGUCCGCCAGCCAAAGCAACUGCUCCCCUUUUCGGAGCCGACGGAAGUACCCUAUUCACCGAGAAGACACAAAUUCUGCAGCGGUGGGCUGAGCACUUCAGAGGCGUCUUCAACCGCCCCUCCACCAUCUCCGACGCCGCUAUUGUCCGUCUGCCGCAAGUGGUGACUGACGUUGACCUCGACCUUCCGCCCUCUCUCCACGAAACCAUCAGGGUCGCGUAGCAGCUCUCCAGCGGGAAAGCGCCCGGUACAGACGAGAUCCCUGCUGAGAUCUUCAAACGCGGUGGCCCACGCCAACCCAUGGACCAUCUGACGGCGAUCUUCCAGGAGAUGUGGCGUCAGGGAGAAGUCCCACAGGAUUUCAAGGACGCCACAAUCGUGCAUCUCUAUAACCGGAGAAGGAACCACCAAAUCUGUGACAACCACCGAGACAUUUCCCUGCUGAACAUCGCCGGGAAUAUAUUCGUUCGAAUUCUUCUCAACCGCCUGAGCAAGCAUCUAAAACAGGAUCUCCUGCCGGAAAGCCAGUGCGGAUUCCAUCGCCGCCUGGGAACCAUCGACAUGAUCGUCGUCGCUCGCCAACUAUAGGACAAAUGUCAGGAGAUGCGGGUCCACCUCUACUCUACCUUCGUGGACCUGAGGAAACUCUCCGACACGGUGAAUGAUGAAGGACUGCAGGAAAUCAUGCCGAAAUACGGCUGUCCCCAGUGAUUCACUUAGAUGGUGCAUUAGCUCCACGAUGGUAUGACGGCGUGGGCCACGGACAAUGGAGUCGUGCUAGAGGCAUUCGCAGUGACUAACGGAGUGAAGCAGGGCUGCGUCUUCGAACCUACCUCUUUAGUCUCACGUUCUUUGUCCUGCUGAUGGACGCAUAUGUGACAAACCCCUCGGGAUCCGCGUCGCCUACAGGACGGACGGCCAACUCUUCAAUCAGCGACGGAUGUACUUCCAGUCGCGUGUAUCCACAGCAGCCGUCCAUGAACUUUUCGCAGAUGACUGCGCUCUCAACGCCACCUCGGAAGGGGACAUGCGAAGGAGCAUGGACCUCUUCGCCGCCGCCGCCGCCUGCGAGAAAUUCGGCCUGAUAAUCAACACGGAGAAGACGGUGGUCAUGCACCAACCGUCACCCGACGCUGCCUACGUCGCACCCAACAUCAACGUGAAUGGCACCCAACUGCAAGUGGUGGACAACUUCACCUACCUGGGCAUCACCCUCACUCGCCACACCAAAAUCGACGAUGAAGUGGCCCGUCGGAUUUCCAAAGCCAGCCAAGCAUUGGGCCGUCUGCGAAACACAGCUUGGAAUCGACGCGAUCUCCACAUCAGCACCAAACUGAACAUGUACAAAGCGGUCAUCUUGCCGACGUUGCUGCGGAGACUUGGACUGUGUACAAGAAGCAGGUACGAAGAAUCAAUCACUUCCACCUCAGCUGUCUCCUACAGAUGCUGA